CCCUUCCUUGCUAUCUUGCGUCCUUGUGCUACUCUUAUUUCCCUUUUGGAUGUAGUUCACAGAGAGAAAACACCUGAGUGGUUUGACUGAUGCCUCUAGAUGAUGGGCUUCAUUAUUUUAGAGGAGGCAUAAGAGAAGAGAGAUGUCCUGUGUAUGCUAAGAAACUUAGAAUUGUCUGUUGGAGAUUAAUCCAGGGGAAAAGGCAAGAAAAACAAUUUUAAUCUAUAUAGGAGGUAACAGAGAAGUUUCUGGGAUUCCAUUUUUCACAUCUUACAUCAUAAUGAAUAAAUUAUCCAAGAUCAUGUCAGCUGCCCUCCUAAUCACCAUCCUAAAUUUGUUUUAUCAAGUUGCCUCUGAGAAGCCCGGAGAAAAUGAAAAUUGUUCUGACAAAAAUAUAAUAAUAAUAGUGCUUGGAAUCAUUGCUGCAAUAAUGACACUUUUAUUUCUCGUUUUUUGCAAACUUUAUUUCAAAACAAGAGGUUCUCUCCAUGGACAUUCAGGAGAACUUCGGGAUGAAAACGACAAUCUUCGGAAAAUAAAUGGAGCACUUCAGGAUGAGAUUGCUAGGAGGAAGGCUCAAUUCAAGAAAGCCUGGAGGGAUGCUCCAUUAUAUCCUGAUUGGAGGAAAGAAGAAUUCAAAGCUGCAAAUGUGACCCUGGAUGAAGCCACUGCCCAUCCUGCCCUCCUCGUGUCUGAAAGAGGGAGGCGGGUUACCUGGCAAGAAACUUGUCAAGAUCUUCCCAGAUCCACACAGAGAUUCAACUCCAUUCCCUGUGUGCUGGGUCAGCUGCGCAUCAACUCAGGGAGGGCCUGCUGGGAGGUGGAGGUUGGGGACAUGCAAUCUUGGGACUUGGGAAUUUGUAGAGAUAAUGUGACCAGGGAGGGGGUAUUCACUAUGUCCCCACAGAAUGGUUUCUGGGCCAUUAGGCUCUAUGACGGGGACUACUGGGCCCUCACCUCCCCGGAAACUUCUCUUCCUCUAAGAGAAAGACCCCUUAAGGUAGGAAUAUUCCUGGAUUAUGAGGCUGGAGAUGUAUCUUUCUACAACAUGACGGAUGGAUCCCACAUUUUCACCUUUCCCCAGAGCACAUUCUAUGGUGUCCUAAGACCACUUUUCAGACUUUGGUCCUCUGACUCAGGCUCCCUAACCAUCUGUUCAGCUGAAGGAGAAUGUACUGAUGUUGUAAUUCAUAUGCCUACCCUCCAGGUGAAAUGAUCACUUUGCCCCAUAGAAGAUGGCAUUUCUCCCCCAGCAAGAUAUAUAAAUAGAUUUUUUCCUAGUCCCUACUGGUUCAUUGUCAAUAUGAAGCCCUGUGACACAGACUUGAUGAUUGUCCCUCUUAUCAGUUCUUCCUCUUUUUGUCAUAUAUUCCUUCUCAUUAUUACCUUUUCCUAUGACAACCUCCUGUAAGUAUUAGAUUUCCUAGACCCCCCUGGUGCAUGUGACCAAAGGAUGGUGUUGUAUUAAAAGGUGAAUUACAAGGAUGUGUCCUUAAAGGAAAAUUGUGUCUUUCUUUUCUUCUUUACUUUUCUUCUGGCUAUAAAGUGUCAUGAUUAAUGGAACUCAAAAAACAUAGAUGACCAUGUAAUAUGACGCAGAUGGUAGAGAAAUUGAAAUGAACUUGGGAGUCUGACAACUCCAUGGAGCCCCUCUAUUGCCCAAUUCUAGGAUUCUUUUCUGUGAAACAUAAACAUGUAUGUCUUUAAUCAAUUUAUGUGUUGGAUAUUUGUCCCUUGUGAUUGAUUCUCACCCUUACCAGUGCCCUCUCCCUUUAAGUUGGGCAGCAGAUGACAUCCACAUUGAAUAUGCAAGUGAAACUGGAGGUAUAAGUCCUGUACUUGGUUACAUAGCUACUCCUACUCCUGCACUGUGUCAGUCUCAUCAGGCCCCUUUAUGUCUCCUAAUUCAUUCGUCACUCCUGACUUCACUCCCUACCCUUUUCCCUACUUGGUGUCAUGGCUAAUAAUUUCAAGUAUUCUCUUCCUAAGAAAUGGACAUCUUGGUGUCAUUGUUUUUCUGCCACAAUAACUUGGCAAAAUACAAAUACAAAUUAAUCUAAUUAUACAUUUCUAUACUGGCAGCUUAAAAUGCUAUAACGGUCUACCCAAAUGAGUAGAUGUUUCUUUCAUAUAUGUUUAACAAUCUUUCAACUUGUGCACACCACUACUAUCCCGUAAUCCUCUCCAGCCAUUUGCAUUCCCUUACUUUUGGCAGGCAGUUUUCUUAAACGUUUCUCUUUCUUUAAACUUGCAACUACUGACUCCUUAUUCUCAGUUUAUGACUGUAUUCCUUCUUUGAAUUUAAUAAUAAGAAGAAACCGAAGAAAAAUCCAUCAUGAGGGAACUAUCUGAACUUUUAAUAACAAUAAGAACAAAACUAUUCAAUUCUGUAUUUCUCUAUUAUUCCUUCAUCACUGUUAUAUUAGGGAAGAAUCUCUCCUCCUUUACUUGAGAUGCUGAUCCUUCUUAUCUCCAUCCAUCCUGUACCACCCUCUCUGGUACUGGGAUCCCUCAGUUAUUCCUCUCAGCCUUUGUACUAACUUCUUCCUAUGAACCUUAAAAUUUUGAAAAUAUUUCUCAUUUAAAACCAAAGCAAUACAAUAUUCUAUCAACCCCCAUGUCUUGUCAUAAUCAACAUUCUCAAAAUAGUUAUCAUAUAAUCUAUUCAUAUUGCCUGUUUCCUUUUCAUCCUCAGCAUAUUGUAUCAUAUGGGUUUUGUGUCCUCCCUUCCCAACUCCUCAAAAUUAACAUAUUGAAUUACUAGUCUCUAGUAUUCAGCAUGUGACCUUAUUUGGAAUUAGGGUCAUUCAAGGUGUAAUUAGCUAGGAUGGGGUCAUGUUGGAGUAGGGUGGUUCCCUACUCCAACAUGACUGGUGUCCUCAUAAAAAGGUGAAAUGUGGACACAGAGAUUGGAAUGUUGUUGCCACAUGCCAAGAAAUAUCCAAGAUUGCUGGCAAAACAUCAGAUAUUAGAGAGAGGCAUGGAAGUGACCAUUUUUUAGUGCCUUCAAGGGAGUAUGACCCUGCUGAUACCUUGGUUUCAGAUUUCUAGCAUCUGCAAUUGUGAGAUGAUAAUCUUCUGUUGUUCAAUCUACUCGGUUUAUCAGCCCUUGCAAACUAAUACACUCUAUUUUUAUCCGGAGAAUUUUCCUGAACUUUUACACUAAAGCUAUCAUUAUCACAUUAGGUAGGUACAAUUCCAGUUGUGUUAACUACAUUUGUCUUUGGUUUUAUACCAAGGUUUCUCUGGAGGGUCAGCCUUAGAACUCCAGUAUUUUCUGGGACCCACUGAGUACAGUCCUCAGUUAUUAAGUGCUAGGCAGUAAGAAGACAACCUAUAGACCCAAGAAGAACCAUCAAUUCUUCUAAAUUAGUUUUCUGUAAUUCAAUCACAAUUUUUCUCUUUAAAAUUUAAGCAGAAUUUGAACCUAACACACUAGUCAAGCUUCAUCUGCCUAUUUUAUGGUUCAUCUCCUGUAGGUUUUAUACAGAUUAAAAUAUAGCCAUAUUCUAAGGAGAUUCUAAGUGUCUUUGUCCUGCAAAUUCCUUACAAUUUUAUUGUUUCUUUGUGUGAAAAAUUAUAAAACUUCCGGUUCUGGCCUCUCUUCUCUAUACCUUUAUGCACACGAAAAGAAAUUUGUUCUCUUUCCCCCUGUUAAUCUGAUUUAUGUCAAUUUUAUUAAUAGUUCAGUCGCAAGAACUCAAGAGAGAUAGAGGAGGAAAUUCCCCCUUCCUCAGCACUGCUUCUUGCAUGAUGGAAAUGUUAUCAACCUACCCUCAGGUAACUGACUGAUCACUCUGAAGAAUGGUGUGAGACCCGGGACUCACAUUAUUGGUUGGUUUCUGAUUGUAGCCAGGUUGGUCUUGGUGAGUGGAAGUUGAUGUUGCUGAGCCAGAUGCAUAGGUUUCCUCCCUGCAGAUGUGGCUGCUUCUUUCACAAGCACAUUGGGCCGUGAGAGGGGUGACUAGGGAGAGAGGUCGACUGGUAUCCACAGAUCAGGUCAUUCUAUUUAUGUUACCAUUAAAAUAUCCACCACUGUGGUUACCCUUUGCGGAGCAUUCACAUAGGACACAGAUAUCUUCAUGUUUUCCUCUUUAGAGAGGUCUAUACACAUCCCUCUUCCCUUGUCACCAAUUUUUCAUCAUGUUCUUUCCAAAUUCCUGGCCGUGCAGCCAAACCUUGGACACAGGCCAUGAAUUUGUUUAUAAUAACACAUCUGGCCAGUUCUCUUUCCAAGCAAAAUUAACAAUCAAGUGCACUGCUACAGUUCUGCCUGCUUGGAGGAUUUUCCUUGGCCACUGUCCUUCAGGGAUGUCCCAGAAAGGAGCUAUAGUGCGAGAAGUGUCCACUUUUGGAUGGUGCCUGUCUGUCACACAGCACCAUCUAUAAACCUGGCUCAACUUUUCUCCUUCUCUGAGGGCUAGUUGUAGGGAACUCACCAUGGGUCCAUAGGCACAGACUGGGAAAGAUAAGAGAGUAUAGCAAGACUGGGGACCAUGGGCAUUAGAACCAAUUUUUUAUGGAACUUACUUGUAUCCUCAGGGCCUGCCCAAGCCUGAUCUCAUAUACCCCUUCCGCUGCAUGUGGUGCUGCACAGGCUCAACUUUAUGGCUUGGUGGGUGUGAUGUUUUGAUUUAGAAUAAAUAUAUGUUUGGUCUUUGUCUCUAUUCAUGGCUUAGAGUGCCUAAAACCCUGGGAAUUUCCUAAGAGAUGAGAACAAUAAAGGCGUCUUUUGUUAUGUUAAUAAGGAGGUUUUUUAGAAAGCCAGGUAACCUAAGAAAGUGUUCUUAUUUGGCAAGUGAUUAGAGGGUUAAAAUUUUGAGCCAUCUGGUGGGGCGGGGGAGAGGAGCUGGAGUUUGAAUUAAACCUGAAAAGGACUAGGCUCUGAAGGUCAGGGUUGGUGAACACUCGGAGAUUUGGGGAGAGUGGUGUGCCCCUUCCCACAUACCUUGCCCUGUGCAUUGCUUCCAUCUGGCUGUUCCUGUGUUAUAUCCUUUUAUAAUGAACUGGUGACCUAGUAAGUAAAAUUUUGCUCUGAGUUCUAUGAGCUGCUCUUGCAAAUUUGUCAGGUUAGAGGCUGGGCCCUGGAAACUUCCAGUCUAUAGGAGAACAAGUAACAACCUGGACUUGUGAUUGGUCUCUGAAGUAGGGGGCAGUGUUGUAGGACUGAGACCUUACCCUGUGUGAUGUGAUGCUAUCUCCAGGUGGAUAGUGUCAGAAUGGAGAUGAAUCAUAGGACACAUACCUCAUGUUGGAGAAUUGCUUUGUGGUGUGAGGAAAAAACCAGUAUCAAAAUCAGUGUUGGAACGGUAGUGUAUCAGAUAACACCCAGUUUCUAAUUGGAAGCUCAGGUCACAUGCUAAUUUGUGACUCAUGGUCAUGUGUUCAGUCUCUGCUAAGAUCCAGGGGCAAGCCAAAAACUGUUUCUGCAAAAGAGAGAAGUUGUGUGCAGAGGAUGACAGAAAUGUUCCCCCAACAAUCUAAGGCACUGCUUUGUGACUCACCUAUAUGGGCCUGUCAAAGUCUCAAACAGCAUCUCUCAAACUACCACUUUAGGCACCAUUGAAUUUGUUGUAGCCUGUAGCCCAAGUAGCAGAACAGCUUGCAUGGCAGUCCAUACUCGAUGUAGAGCCUUCUUUUGUUCUGUAUCCCACUCAAAACAAAGAGCUUCCAGUCACAUAAAUGGGAAGGAGUGGCACACCUAGAUGAAGAAUAUGAUGCCACCCCAAAUCCGAAGAGGCCCACUAGGCAUUAUGACUCUUUUUUGGUGGAGGGAGAGGCCAGAUGCCACAAACUUAUCUUUAACCUUAGAAAGAAUAUCUCUAUAUGCCCUACAGCACUAAACCUCUAGAAAUUUCACUAGUGUAGAAGUUCCCCAAAUCUUUGUUGGACUUAUUUCCCAUCUUCUGAAUGUCAAUAACUUUCUUACCAAUAAAUUCAGAGUAGUUGCUACAUUGUGUUCACUAGGUCUAGUCAGCACAAUGUCAUCAAUGUGACUGAACAGUGUAAUGUCCAUGGAAGGGAAAGGUGACCAAGGUCCCUGGAGCCUAAAUUGCAACGUAGGGCUAGAGAGUAGAUAUGCCCCUGAAGUAGGACAGAGAAGUUAUAUCGGUGGCCUUGCUCAUUGAAAGCAUUACUGCUUCUGGUGGUCUCUAAUAACGAGUAUCAAGGAAAAGCACUUGCAAGAUUAAUAGCUACUUAUCAGAGGGUAUGUUAAUUUGCUCAAGCAAUAAAAUCACAUCUAAUACAGCAGAUACAAUUGAGGUCACCACCUGGUUAAGUUUGUGAUAAUCCAUGAUCAUUCUCUAAGAUCCACCUGUUUUCUGUAUAAGCCAAAUCGGUGCGUUGAAUGAAGAUGUGGGAAAUCACUACCUCUGUGUCCUUCAAGUCACUGACGAUGGCACUAAUCUCUGCAGUCACUCCAGGAAAAUGGUAUUUGUGUAUUAUUUUCACAGAAGUCUUCCACUUGGCCUUUUUUUUUUUUUUUUUUAACCAUAAUAGUUUCAUCCCACUUGUUGGGAACAAAUGUGGAUAUUCUGCCAUUUUCUGAGUGAGUCUAUUCCAAUUAUGCAUUCUGAAACUGGGUAAAUGACCACAGGAUGGGUUUGGGGGCCUAUUCUACCCAGUGUAAAAUGAACCCAAGCUAGAACUCCUUGGAUCACCUACCCCUCAUGAGCUUCUACUCUUGACUUGUGGACUUCAGUAAAGUUCGAGGUCUCCUGGAAUUAGUGUCAGCUCAGAGUCAGUGUCCAGAAAUCCGUGAAAGGUCUGAUUAUUUCCUUUUACCCAGUACAUAGUCACCCUGGUCACCACAGGUCCCUCUGAGGAGGGUUAGGAGAAAGUGUAACUGUAUGAAUUUUUGACACUUGAGUGGGGCCCUUCUUCAAUGGGACCCAACCUCUCUUUCAUUAAUUUUUGCCCUUAAGACCUUCAAACUGACUAGAUGAGGCCAUCUUUAUUACAGAGGUUAAUAUGCUUAAAGUCAGUUGAUUUUAGAUGCUAACCAUACCUGCAACGUAUCUUCACAGUAGCAUCUAGAUCAUCGGUUGAUUAAAUAACUGAGUACGAUAGCCUAGCCAAGUUGACAAAUAAAACGAUGAGCAUAGGCUCAACCUCUAUCCUUCCAAUCAGUAUAACCAAGUUAGCUAAGGAAGGCAUCCAUAAUACCUUAUGAGAUUCUUGGUACCUCUCUGCCCAGCUGUCGGGCUUAGAUAAACUGAAGGUAUCAUUUACUCUGCCCUAGGAAGUUGAUUCCAAACAGGUAUUCCCAAACCAACGGACACAUUCUGAAGUUAUUUGUUAAGUUUAAACCUCCCAACGCACUGGAUGACGGUCCAAGGAAGGAUCUCACAUGCUUAUGAUUCAUGCGUUGACCCUAAACACUACCGUUUGAAUCAGCUUCCCUUUGGUUUCUAUACCAAUUGAUACUGUGACAUUGAAAUAAUGUUUUGUAUUAAUUAUGCUUUGGCUAAGGAAAUAGGACAACCAUGAACAAUAUGGAAUGAAGGAUUUGCAAUAGGUAUUUGAUUAUAGAAUUGUUGGAGCUGGUCAAGAUGUCUACAAAAAUCCACUGCAAGGUUUUACUAAUUUUUUAGUGUUAGUGACAGCUUGUCAAUUUAAUGGUGAAAAAAGGUCACCUGUUUUGAUUUAAAUACAUGUAUUUGGAAACUCUUUUCCUUCCAUAAGAAUGGAUAAGUGAUUUUGGUUUAUCAGUGCGAAGCAUGUCAGCAAAAACAGGGAUCAUGUUUCUGAAAACCAUAUGCUUGGAGCAUCUUAAAAAAAGAGUAUUGCUGGAUUAGGAAGAUGUGAUAUAUAUAUACACACAUACACACACACAUACACAGUGGAAAACUACUCAGCCAUAAAAAAGAACA